GGGGCCCGGGCGGGCGAGCGCGCAGGCUCCGCCCCGGGGCAGUCUCGAGCCGGGGGCGCCGAGCGACUCCAGUCCCCGCCGCGCCGCGGGCUGGUGGGCUCCGCUGCGGCUCCGGUGCCGGGAAAUGACCCUGCCCGGGGGCCCGACGAGCAUGGCGCGGCGGGGGGGCGCGGGGCCUUGCAGCCCGGGGCUGGAGCGGGCCCCGCGCCGGAGUGUCGGGGAGCUGCGCCUGCUCUUCGAGGCGCGCUGCGCCGCGGUGGCUGCCUCCGCCGCUGCAGGGGAGCCCCGGGCCCGCGGGGCCAAGCGGCGUGGGGGGCAGGUCCCCAACGGGCUCCCGCGGGCUCCCUCUGCCCGGGUGAUCCCACAGCUGACCGUGACAGCCGAGGAACCGGACGUACCCCCGGCCAGCCCCGGGCCGCCCGAGCCGGAGGCUGACUGCCUCCCGGCAGUGGGCUCGUCGCACCUGCAGCAGCCGCGCCGCCUUUCCACCUCGUCGCUCUCCUCCACUGGCUCCUCGUCUGUACUCGAGGACUCGGAGGACGACCUGCUGAGCGACAGCGAGAGCAGGAGCCGCGGCAACGUGCAGCUGGAAGCCAGCGAGGACGUGGGUCAGAAAAGCCACUGGCAGAAGAUCCGGACCAUGGUGAAUCUGCCAGUCAUCAGCCCCUUCAAGAAGCGCUACGCCUGGGUGCAGCUGGCAGGGCACACAGGGAGUUUUAAGGCGGCGGGCACAAGCGGGCUGAUCCUGAAGCGCUGCUCGGAGCCAGAGCGCUACUGCCUGGCGCGGCUGAUGGCGGACGCGCUGCGCGGCUGCGUGCCUACCUUCCACGGCGUGGUGGAGCGCGACGGCGAGAGCUACCUGCAGUUGCAGGACCUGCUCGACGGCUUCGACGGGCCCUGCGUGCUUGACUGCAAGAUGGGCGUCAGGACUUACCUGGAGGAGGAGCUGACCAAGGCCCGCGAGCGGCCGAAGCUGCGGAAGGACAUGUACAAGAAGAUGUUGGCGGUGGACCCCACGGCGCCCACGGAGGAGGAGCACGCGCAGCGCGCGGUCACCAAGCCUCGCUACAUGCAGUGGCGGGAAGGCAUCAGCUCUAGCACCACGCUUGGCUUCCGCAUCGAGGGGAUCAAGAAAGCGGACGGCUCCUGUAGCACAGACUUCAAGACCACGCGAAGCCGGGAGCAAGUGAUUCGGGUCUUUGAGGAGUUUGUGCAAGGAGAUGAGGAAGUGCUGAGGAGGUAUCUGAACCGCCUGCAGCAGAUCCGGGACACCCUGGAGGUCUCCGAGUUCUUUAGGAGGCACGAGGUGAUCGGCAGCUCGCUCCUCUUCGUGCAUGAUCACUGCCAUCGCGCCGGCGUGUGGCUCAUCGACUUCGGCAAAACCACGCCCCUCCCCGACGGCCAGAUCCUGGACCACCGGCUGCCCUGGGAGGAGGGCAACCGCGAGGAUGGCUAUUUGCUGGGGCUGGACAAUCUCAUUGGCAUCCUGGCCAGCCUGGCCGAGAGAUGAGGCUGGACUCCUGUCCCCACGUGGGCCGGCCGGUCUGACAUGUGGACCUGCGGCUACCUCCCCACAGUGCAUGCCAGCGAGAGACUGGAACCCCGAUGUGCGGGGCAGUUCACAGGGUCCUGACGGGCCAGGUGCCAACCACCAAGGGGCGCACUGCCGAUGUCAGGGUUGGCGCCCACACAGGCCCCAGCGUUCCCAGAGCAGAAUGACACUAAUUUACAGAAUGUGAGGAAACAAAAGCUUCUUCCUCAGCCCAGCUCUUCUGAGGAGGUCCUACUCUCUCCAGAGGAGCUGGAUUAUGAAUUUUAUUGAGCGGCCCUAGACCUAUUGGUCUAACCGCCUAGACUACAAUAGACUCCCCUUCCCAAUAAAACUCAAAGACCCAG